GACGUCCGACUCAAAACAGGGAAGCCAUCAGCCGCGUGUGUGAAGCCGUCCCGGGCGCCAAGGGAGCCUUCAGGAAGAGAAAGCCUCCGAGCAAAAUGCUGUCCAGCAUCUUGGGCAAGAGCAACCUCCAGUUCGCGGGGAUGAGCAUCUCCCUCACCAUAUCCACCGCCAGCCUGAACCUGCGGACGUCCGACUCAAAACAGAUCAUAGCGAAUCACCACAUGCAGUCCAUCUCCUUCGCCUCUGGGGGUGACCCGGACACAACGGACUACGUUGCGUAUGUAGCGAAGGACCCUGUUAACCGCAGAGCUUGCCACAUCCUGGAGUGCUGCGAUGGGCUGGCCCAGGACGUCAUCGGCGCCAUCGGACAAGCCUUUGAGCUCCGGUUCAAGCAGUAUUUGCGCUGUCCUUCCAAGGUCCCUGCCCUCCACGACCGAAUGCAGAGUCUGGAUGAGCCCUGGACCGAAGAGGAGGGAGACGGCUCCGACCACCCGUACUACAACAGCAUCCCAAACAAGACGCCUCCCGCCGGGGCGUUUGUGGAUGCCCGCCCGAAGGCCCGGCCCCACGGCCCUGACUCAGCCCCGUUUUCAGGAAAAGAGCAAACUUAUUACCAGGGAAGACACGUAGGAGAGCCGUUUGGCGAAGACUGGCAGCAAACACCUGCCAGGCAAGGGUCCCUGGACACGUCCAGCAUGCCAGGAGGGACGGCGCCGGCGGCCCCGACAGGAGAAGCCCCCACCUACGUGAACACCCCGCACUUCCCGCCUCGGGCCGGGCCGGCUGCGGGCAACAGCGCCGAGAGCAGCCCGAGGAAGGACCUCUUUGACAUGAAGCCCUUUGAAGAUGCUCUCAAGAACCAGUCCGUGGGGCCUGUGCUGAGCAAGGCGGCCUCCGUGGAGUGCAUCAGCCCCGUCUCCCCCAGAGCCCCGGAUGCCAAGAUGCUGGAGGAGCUGAAAGCCGAGCUGUGGUACCAAGGCCAGAUGAGCAGGAAGGAGGCGGAGGGGCUGCUGAAGCGAGAUGGGGACUUCCUGGUCAGGAAGAGCACCACCAACCCGGGCUCCUUCGUCCUCACUGGCAUGCACGACGGCCAGGCCAAGCACCUGCUGCUCGUGGACCCGGAAGGCACGAUCCGGACGAGGGACAGGAUCUUUGACAGCAUCAGCCACCUCAUCAACCACCACCUGGCGAACAGGCUGCCCAUCGUCUCCGCCGGGAGCGAGCUCUGCCUCCAGCAGCCGGUGGAGAGGAACCCGUGACCUGCCAGCCGCCUUUCUUGACCCUGCGCCGUGGUCAGGGGCACUCGGUUCUUCCCGGUAGAUGGGUGCCCGGCCACAGGAACUCAGGCAGCUGCCUUGGUCCAGAGCCCCAGGAGGAAAGCGUUUGUAAAGUGCAGGUUUUGUAAACGUGUCUGCUUUCUCACGUGCAUAGUAAAGGUGUACAUACCUAUACAUCCUGUACAGAUGAUCCCUCUAAAUUUCUAUUUUUUAAGACUAAGAAAGAGGUAAGACUAAUGUUCUGUGCUGUAUGUUUUUAAUGAAAAAAGUUUGACUGUAGUUGUCUGGGCAAAAUUUAAUUCAACUGACCCAUUCCCCUGGGCAAGUCCACCAGGAAAGUGCUACGGGAAGUCUACCCAGGAAGCACAACCUGGGGAGUAGACGCACGCAGGAGCGUGGGUAAUGGACAGCGUUGUGAUAGAGUCAGGCAAGAUGCCACCCCAAGAGGUCCAGGCCUGAUGGAGAGCAGUGUGGGCGCUGGUCCUGAUGGCGCCCUCCUCCAGGCUCCGCUGGGCUGUCUGCCUCACACCUGUGUGCCGGGUCCGGCACCCGGGGCUCCUGUGGUUGCCCUGAGCAGGCGUCACUUCCGCUGUGUCGGGCCACGCUGAGCUCAGGAAUGCUGUCCCCCACGACCUCUGUUGUCCAGUUCUUGGGGAUGCAUUCUGCUGCCAAAUACGGCACAAAACAAGCCUCACUAGUGAAUAUCUUCACUGGCAACUGCUCCCCUUGUUUCAUUGAGUAAUGACCAAGAGUAAGUGCGGAGGGGCAGUUGGACAAAGCCUUGGAUGGAUGUCCUUUGGGCCGCCCGGUUGAUUCCAGGCUGCUCCGGAGCUGCCGGUGAACGUGCCCCACCCCUCUGUUCAGUGGAGAAGCCACGUGGACGAGCUGUGCCAAAGGCAGUGGGACACGUGCCCACAGUCCUGUCCCGGGGACAGUAGCAGCAGGCGUUCCCCUGGGUCCAGGCCGGCCUGAUGCCGGGGACUUCUGAGAAUCUGUCUGAGUUUCUGCUCCUGGAGCGACUGGUGGGUAAAGCGACUGGUUGUCUCUAUAGCAGGUUUCCCAGUCGCUGCCGGGAGAGGCGUGUGCCCCACGCAGAGCUGAGCGUGGCGCCUUCUGUGGAGGGGAAGCACGCAGUUCGGGCUGGGUUGUCUGGCGUUGGAAGCUGACAGUGUCUAUGACGUUAGAAUACAUCUGGGAUGAGACUGCGCGAUUGGGGGGGAGGCGGUGUUUUAGAGACAGAGGACUCAGGGUGCACUGGCAGCUCCUUGCGGUGCUGCGAGCCGAGGAGUGUGGGGGGAGGGGAGAACGGGGUCUCCUGAGCGCGCCCACCUCCACAGCAGCGCACACAAGACCCUCCCCACAUACCUAGACUUGAAUCGUGAUAACUUUGGGGCUUCAGGACUGAGGAGCUAAGGAGAGAUUUUUAAAAUUCCGAUAAGCACUAAUUUGGCAAAAUUCCUAAGUGUGUGAACCCCAUUUCAACUUUUGGGGGUUCGUGGCCAGGAUGAGAGAGGGGGAUAUAUCUGAUGGGCUGAGGAUGGGUCGGAGCAGGUCCAAGGGUUCAUGUGUAGCCUUCUUUGGAGUUUUUGCUCUUUGAGGGUCCAGUGAAUCCAAGCUGACAGUGGCUUCAAUCUUCUAGAAUGUUCUGCACUGGAUUGGAACUAAUCUAGGCCAUCCUGCGCUCCCUGGCUUCAGGCGCAGUGCUGAUGCCCCACUCUGAGUCAGCCAGCAGCCGUGAGGGCUGAGUGGGGCUGCAGGCAGCAGCUGGCCCUGCCCCCUGCCCUGCAUGGGGCGGACUGGGGGUGGGGUGAGACUUCCCUGCGCCCAUCUCCCGGAGGCCUGCAGCCCGGGGCACACGCGCACGCCUGCGCUCCGUGAGAAGCGUGUGCCUCCUCUGUGUGGUGUGACACAGACACAGACAGAAUGGCUUUUCUUUCUUCGGCCUCCGGCCCCGCCUGCGCUCGUUCCUCUUGGGGACCUGCAGUCAGAGCGGCUCUCUGCUCUGAAGUCAGUGCUGAGCUCAGUGAUGAGCCCUAUACAUAUGAUGUGUUUUUGCAUGAGGAUCAAUUUAGAAAAUGAAAAGUAUUUGGGGAUCAAAUUUUGUUUCAAUAUGAAUUCAAAAUACGCAUUCUAAAGCUCAGGUCCCACGACCACGUACAGUGGAACAGCCGCGCGGCUGGCGGGGCCGAGGUCUCCCGCCUGCGCUCCCUCCACUGUGAAGCCGGCGGAGCUCACAGGAGUCAUCUCGCCUCCCCCUUCGGCACGUGGUGGGCAUAGCUGUGAGCCUCACUCAGGCUCCUCUUGCUGAAGGCCCCGCGCUGUGGGGC